AUGCCCUCACCCUUGACUGUGACAUUUGUACAGGCAACCAUUCUUAAUGCCAUAUCCAAUGUCCUGGCACAGCUGAUCGACCAGCGCAACAGCAAAUCUCCAUUUCAUCUCAACCCAAUCGCAUUAAUUCAAUUUGUAACUUAUGGCCUAAUCAUCGUGCCCCCCAAUUUCUACUGGCAACGUGCCCUGGAAGCGCGUUACCCAGGCUUUCCGACACGCGCCGAGUUCACCAGCGCAGUCCGCUCUUUUUCACUUAAGGCCAUCUUCUCACCUCGAGCAUGGCUAGCUCUUUUUUAG